UUAUUUAUCUUGCUUGCAGGAAAUCCACAGACUCCAGAAAUCACAUGUGACACAAUGUUGGCAAUGAAAGCAGCUUUCAAAGGAGAAAACUCCACAAAGAAAACACCAGUGUUUGAACUGUCUGCUGUGACACAGCUUCCCCACAGCACAAACUGUCUGUCAUGUUCAGAGGAUGGCAAAUAUCUCAGUAUGGGUCACACCCGCGGUUUGUCCGUAUGGUGUGCAACUUCUCUCACCUGUGUUGCAGACUGGCUGCAGGACAGUGUGGAAAUAACAUCAAUUCAAAUGACCAGAAUGGCUGAGUUGUCCUAUCUGCUUGCCACUAUCGAUGAUAUGGGUGUUGCCAGAAUCUUUGCAUAUCACUCUGAAGGCAUUUAUCUACUCACUGUUAUUAAUAUCAUGGAAGGUAUCAACAACAGGAGUGUUUGUCAAAAAUUUGAACUGUCUGAGGGUGGUGAUUAUGGAGCUGUGACAAUCAGCUGUAAUGGUGCUUUUUGGCUCGAUGUCUAUGAAACCCCCAAAGAAGCAUGGCUGAAAGAGUUAGAGAUGGCACAAAAACAGGAAUCAAACUCAUCUGGAGUUCUGGAAAGAAACUGGUCUACAGUCACACUGGCCCUGAAAAUCAAGCCAACCAGAAUUCCAUCAGGGGAUGUAUUGGAAAAACAAAAUGAGGUCCUGCAGGAAGCACACUUUAUGAGCGCCUGUUUGGCUCUGGAUGGAAACACAUUUCGCUCCGGGCAAAGUCACGACUGCCAUUUGAAGGAACAAGAUUUAAAAAUGGAUACAACUAAAGAAAGAAUUGAAAGUCAAAGGUGUUGCACCCAGCACUUCUUUUUGCCUUGUGGUCAAUUUCCUGGUGAUAAUGAAGCCAAAGACUCAGUCAGUAUUUCCUGCUUGCUAUCUGUGUCUGGUGGAAUGGCAGCCUUAAUCUUCUUCAAUAUUUGCUUCCAAAAACACCAAAGAAGAAAGCUGAUGUGGAUGUGCAGCCUGAUGUGUUAUGGCCAAACACAAAAGCAAUCCUUUGCUCUGCUGCCUAGUAGAUGCACCCGCUACAUAGCUCUUGGACUUGAAGAUGCUUUGGUGUGUGUCUGGGACAGAUUGUCUGGGUCUCCAAUGUCUGUUGUCUUCUUGUCAACAGCAGACAGCGAUCUACUCAGGCUGCACUUUGUUGAUUCCUGUGCUGUGUUGGCUGAUGUUUCCCAGACUUAUACUGCAACAAUACAUCUUUUGGUUGUCUGUAAGAGCGGCACAAUGUGUGGCAUCACCACAGCACGAGAAAGACAAUCCUGCAUUGUCCAAUUCAUUGAAAGGUCUAAAGAUACUGGGUGUCUCCCAACAGUCACUGCUUCAGUGCCUUUCCUGAAGGGCCUGUGUCUUGUGGUGCAAAGAAAUGGAAAAAUAUGCCUGCAGGAUGUUGUCAACAGAGCUCCUGUGUGCUUCUUGAUGCCUCCCACAACUCAUCUGCUUGCAACUCCCUGCAGUCCCAUUUUUGCUUUAAACAACAAACAGCAAACUUUGUUCGUACAAGGUGACAGUGACCCGAUCGGUUCUCCUAAUGGAACCUGCCAGUGUGACCUCUUCGUGUUCCAUUUCACAGAGCCAGACAUCAUUCGGCCAUAUGUGGUUUCACUUUCUGAGUCUCAGCAACCAGAAACGAUGAGCUUUGCUGCCCUGGAAAAAGCUUGUGAUCUCUACCUCCACCAAAGAGCGCUGUCCAUGGAUGAAAGGAACAAAGCCAUAAUGCAGACAUGGAAACAACUCCUGGAAACUGCAGUGGUUCUCGAACAGAGACGCACCAGCAGUGCUUCCCGCCAUCAAAAGCAUUCCUGAGGAAGGGCAAGGAAGGAUUUGGCACAGGUUUGACACUGGAUGCCCUUCCUGACACAACUCCACCUUAAAUGGAGAAAUGUGGCAGUGGUGGGGUUUUGAACCAGGAACCAAGUGCACUA